AUGUGCCACUCGCCGCUCAUUGAGGCGGUGACGAAUGGAGGGCAACGCGAAGAACUUGAAGCGCUGCAGCAGCGGCAGCGUAUACAGCAGCAAGGGGAAGAGCGGCGUAGUUCGUCACUUCCUUCUCCUCUAGCAGGAAUUCUCUCACAACUGUCUGGCACGCUCCUCAACUCCGUCGGCUUCGUUGCCCCGACAAUCAUGCUGGAAUACGCCAUUUCGGAUGUGCCGGAGCAUGCCGCUCAGCGCCGCCCGCCUGUUGACGAGCUGAUGCGCUCCUUCGUCACCUUCCCAAGCGGGUUGCACGAGGCCGACCGCGCCGCGCACCCGGAGGCCUUUGCGGAGGCGACGUGCCGCAUUUGUCUCGAGGCACUUGCGGGCGGCGCGGACCCCGUCGUCAUGCUGCCGUGCCGCCACUGCUACCAUGCCAACUGCAUCAAGCCGUGGCUGCAGGAGCACUUGCGGUGCCCGCUGUGCCGCGCCUCCGUUAUCUCGCAGGGCACGGCGGCGCAGAGCGACCAAUAUGGAGAACGCCAGCAGCACCCAGGGCAUGAAUGA